GUGAACCGGUGACACUCCCCGGUCAGGUGUGGCCUCAGCUCCGGAGGGUCGAGCUCUUCCUCCGGUUCUCCGCCGCCUUUAAGAGCCGCAGCAGCAGCCGCCGGGUGUCGGUGUGGGUCGGGCCGCGGAGCUGAGGUGAAACCGGCCGGAGGAGGAAAUGCGACUGCUUUUAAAGAAGAAGAGCAUCGUUCUGGCAGUGCUGCUCCUUGUCGGGGGAUUGUACUUCAUCAGCCACUCCAACUUCCUCAUGGCUGGCCUGUCAAGGUCACCUGAAGCACAUCCAAAUGAGCUGAGCUGGCAAGGAGAGCUGCUGGUUAGUAAGGAGUCCUGGGUCGACCGGGGACAGUACCUGCCUUUAAAUGUGUCCUAUCAGCUGCUAGCUGGAGCGCCGGCAACUCAACAGAGGUAUCUGUCUAUUGGGAUAUCCUCGGUGCAAAGGAAGAAGGACAGCUAUCUCAUCUCCACCCUGCAGUCUCUUUUCUCGAGGUCGUCUUCAACAGAGCGAGACUCCAUGGUGGUGGUCGUGCUGCUGGCAGAUUUCGACACCAGCUGGAGAGUCGCUACGCUGACGGAGAUCAAAACCACAUUUGCCUUGGAGCUGGAACAAGGCCAGCUCGUGGUCAUCCAUGUUCCUCAGGAGUUCUACCCUCCCAUCACAGGUCUAAAGAGGAAUUACAACGACGCUCCUGAACGGGUAACCUUCCGCUCCAAGCAAAACCUGGAUUACGCCUUCCUGAUUCACUACUGCGCAGGGCUCGGGCAGUUUUACCUGCAGCUGGAGGACGACAUCGCUUGUGCAAAAAACUUUUUCAGCAGCAUGAAAAGCCGCAUAGAGGAGCAGAAAACGAAAAAGACCACCUGGGCCACGUUGGAAUUCUCGUCCCUCGGCUACAUCGGGAAGCUCUACAAGUCGGCCCACCUUCCUCUCCUGGCCCGUUUCCUCUUCCUCUUCUACCAGGAGAUGCCCUGCGACUGGUUACUGACUCACUUCAAGCUGGUGAUGACCCAAAAAGAGACAAUCCUCUUUAAACCAUCGCUGUUCCAACACAUGGGAACUUUCUCCUCGUUCAAAGGGCUUCACAACAAGCUAAAGGACAAGGACUUUGAGGACAGUUUCUACACCAAUCCUUUAGCUGAAGUUUACUCCGACAUGUCCCCCUACCAGAAAAACUACCCCAACCUGGCCUGGGACGCCGGGGAGGGAUACUUCUGGGGAUACGCUCCACACAAAGGAAAUCACUUGACAGUAGUGUUCAAGGACCCUACAGUGGUGACGGGGAUAUCUGUAGAAACGGGAUCAGGAUUGAAAGACCUGCUGCAUUCGGCUCAGGUGGAUCUCGGCCAUGACGUCGUCACUGCAAAUAAGGACAAGAGCUGUAAAGAGUUCCAGAAAGUGGGAGCGAUCGAAAACGGGAAGUUUGAGAUGGAGGGGGUAGACAAAAAGUACAGCUCUGCCUCCUCAUGUCUGAGGAUACUAGUCACGGCUGAACAGAAAGACUGGGUCAUCAUUCAGAAAAUCAGGAUCACAACGAAGAAGAGUGAAGCUCCACGCCAGGAAUAGGCCUUCAGUUUUCUUCCUGCCAGAUCAUUAAUUAAGUAUUGAUUGGCUGGACCUUGUAUGCAAACAGACAGUGUGACUUUUGUGCCUUAUUGAACUGUUUCUUUAAUCAAACUAGUGCUUGAUGACUGUGAUGCUGCUGUGAAGAAAAUGUUUGACUAAACUCUGUGAUGAUGUGUUACCUCUUCGACACAAUGCAGAGAUUUGCAAUAAGUCAGCCAUAAACCAAAACCUGUCAGUUUAACCCUCUGAACCCCAAAAACCCGCUGGUGGGUUUGAAAGGCAUGUUGUCUUUUUAAAAGAAAUGCCAAAAUUGCACCAUUUAUCAGAGCCAGAGACUGUAAAACAACUUACCUGUGGCAUUCUGUUUGGAAAAUUAACCAAAUCUAAACUUAUAUUUGGGAUAUUUUAUCAAAACACUUUAUUUGACAUGUCUCAUUUAAAAGAUGGUCAAAAAUAAAUAAUUUGUACUGACAAGAUUCUGUUAAAAAAAAAGAAAAAUUCUGCGUUCGUCGGCUUAACCGUGAAGCCAUUAGUGAUUCAGGUGCGACCAAAAAUUCAGGGACUUUUUGACUGAACUGCAGGCUGGGUUUACACAAAGCAGGUUGUCUUUUUUUUCUUAAAAAUAGCAAAAAAAAUACACCAUUUAUCAGCAACAAACUGUAAAUAUGGAAAGAAUCAUCUCAUCUGUGACAUGAUGAUGGUUUAGGAACCAAAUAUAUGCGUAAAAUUGUAAUAUUUCAUCAAAAAUAAUUAUAUUCCUCAUGUCUCACUUAAAAAAAUCCACCAAAAAUAAACUAUUUACUCUAAUAAUAUUCUGUAAAAAAAUUUAAAUUUGGUGUUUCUUGGCCCAAAUGGGAAGCUAUUAGUGAUAUGACUGCAACCAACAGUCAUGUGACAAAAAUUCUGGAUCAUUUCAGCUGAAAUCAGUUGAACUGCAGGCAGUGUUUACACAGGCCAGACAGGAGUUUGGAAACAAAUUCAACAUGUAAGUAGUAAAAUAUCUACGGUAUGUAGAGUCACCAUUUUUUUCAGUAUAGAUAAAACCUGGGAGCACUUUGAAACAUGUACAUUACCAGUUUCAGUCUGUUUGUUUUUUUGUUUUUUUUUAAUAAUUUAUGGCAUUAUAACUGUGUCAUACAGUACAGAAGCUGUUUUGAGUUCUUUUUGAUUGUAGUCAUGUUUGUGCUGUUUCCAUACAGGCGCAGGACUUUAUAUUCCAGUUAAAGUAUGUCCACAGUGAGUAAAAAUGUGGGGUUCAGAGGGUUAAGACACUUGAGGUGGUUAUUUUUGUUUGCUGCCUUUAAAUGUUGUAUAUGUGGCCCUUCAUGCUGCCAAACGUUGCUGCCAUCCCAAAGUCUGAGUAACCACCGACUAACAAAUGUCUGCUAACCGCCUGCUUGUGUGUCCUCGUGAAGAGAACAAUACCUUUUAUUCUUUUCGGUGAUGCUGGAACUCAUUACGCCGGUCAGCUGGCAGAACAGUAAGACAUUCUGGACUCUAGUGACAGCUGACAACACGAGGCAAACAUGCAUAAGAGAGAGAUAUUUUGAGGAAAUCUUUGUAUAUUUAUUUGAUUAUACACUGACGUGCUGGAAAACUGAUUCUGUACAAUCACUGAGAGACGGCACUGUUUAUUUUUAUAGCUUUUUUUGUGAUGUAUGAAGGAUCUAAUUACGUUCACAGGUCUCCGCUCGGAGGAUGCUGGUGUUGGCCGGCUGCUUCCUCGACAGGCCUUGGAGCUGGCUGGUCUUCGGCUGCAGAGCUCCGGCUGGCAGCUCUCUGGCCGACAGUGACGAGGUGGUUUUGAGACGCCAGCCGUGCGUCAGCUGCUGAGGACGGAGCUGCGACGUCCUGCUGUACAUCCUCGCUGGUCUGAAACAAGUGAAAAUAGACAAUGAAGUCACUCAACAGACCUGAAUUUUCUUCCUCUUGCGAAUGAAAAGUUGAAUUCCUAACCAGUAGCCACGCUGAUGCCUUUCCUACCACUCGUUUAAAUUUCUUUGUGUGUGGGUGGAGAGCAGUUGUUCCUUCAGCCGCCAGAACAUUCAGCUGCUCGUCUUCUAACAAGGAAAAAUCCAAGUGUGAUCACUUCAGACCAGCGUUGGCCUCCCUCCACUGGCUGAACGUCUGGUUUGAUGAUUUUGUUGUGUUUUUAUGGUUGUAACUUCAACUUUUAUUGUGUUGUAACUUUUUAUUGUUUUAUUUUUUUACUAUCUUUGAGAUUUAGAUUUGUCUACCAGUGCUGCAGUUUUAUCUAAUGUGGUAAGACUGGUAGCUUCUGGUGGCUAAUGUUAACCAGGGAACUUGAACACUGCUUUGUCUGGCUGUUCUGCUGUUAUUAUUUGACUUGAUGCUAGUCUGAAUUUGUGACAAAGUUGAAAGAUUUCCCUGCAAAGUCUCCAAAAAUAAACAGGCUUCAAAUCCUUGUUUCA